AUGGGAGCUGCUGAGUCCGAGCCGGUCGCGCCUUCAACCGCUGGCCCGCAAGAGCGAAAAGUGCACGCCGUGGAUGGCACCAUCCUUCCCAGCAAACUCUUCGUCGUUGAGGAGGGCCCUCAGUCCACAUGUCGGCCAACGGUGUUCACUUUCCUCCACGGGCUGGGUGAGAGGAUGAGCAACUACGAUGAAACAUCUGCGGAUAAGAACAUGCAGAAGGUGCUACAGGCAAUGCCAGAGAGCAGCGCAAGGCCCCGGAUCGUCCUGUUUGAUGCUCGAGGUCAUGGCACAAGCACUGGCUGGGAAAGAGGAGGGCCAGAGCAGUUUCAUUGGCGCUGCUUGGGUGCGGACAUGCUUCAUGUGGCUGCGGCGCAUGCUGAACAGCCGUCGGAUCCAAGCUACAUUCUCGGAGGAUGCAGCAUGGGUGCAGCAGCCGCUGUUUGGGCAGCUCUCCUUUCUCCAAGAAAAAUUCGUGGACUGGUUCUAUACCUUGUUCCCACUAUGUGGGCCGGAAGACAGGCCAGGCGAGGUGUGCUGGAAGCAAAGGCGGCCUCGGUUCGCGAGACCGAUCCCAUCCAGUACGAUGUAAUGCUCGGUGCAGCUAGAGCUGACUUCCCUCCUCGGGACGACAUGCAAAGACUCGCUGCGACUGGGGUCCCCGUGCUGGUGGUGAAUGCGCGUGACGAUCCGAUCCACCCAAUGAGCUCUGCUGAAGCCAUGAAGGAGAUCUUUGGCCAAAGCGCCACACUUGUCGUCGUCGACAAGGCAGGAGUCAGAAUGGCAGGGAGAUUCCUGCGCAGCUGGUCUGAUGUUGCACCAAAUGGCCAUGCAACUGGCAAACCAACAUGCAAGAACGUCCGUCCCUUCGAUUGA